ACCAAAAACCCUUGUCCUGAUUUCUGUUAAACCCCUUCUCUGAGAUGACAAUGACGAGAGAAGAGACGGAGGAGGAGUGUUGUAUAAAUCCAACGACCAACAGAAAGGGUUCAGGGAUUUGAAUAUGAAGUUCGUUGGUCGAUUAUCUGUCUCAGUCUCAGUCUCAGUCUCAAAACUAGUCUUAUUGGAUGCAUCCAAGUUUGUUCGUGGUGCGUCUGCCUCGAGUGCGCGGUGGAGGGGAAUAUCAUUUGCCUCCGCGGCUCCUUCUCCGACUCCUCCGGCAUCUACUUCACCCGAAACAAAAAAGACUCGCAAAAGGGUCUCCAAAGACGAGCGCAGAGCUAUGGUUCAAGCCUUUGUUACCAAGUAUAGAACCAUGAACUCAGGAAAAUUUCCAACUCCUUCUAUUGCUAAGAAUGAAGUUGGGGGCUCUUACUAUUUUGUCAGGAGUAUUGUUCAAGAACUUGAGUACGAGUGUAAAAUGUCAUCCCUGAAAGUGAAGGGAGAUACUCUUCAAGAGAAGGAUGUUUCUAUCAAUGAUGACUUGACCGGUAAUAUCAAAGAGCUUAAAAAAACUCACUUGCCAUUGAAUAUGGAAUCUACAGGUGCUCAAAUAAAGGGCACAACUUUCAAAGAUAUUGAAGCAGUGGAUGUGGGUGAAAUGACUUUGUUACAUGGCAUGGAGAGUGCUUCAAUGAUGUGUAAGAAAGCAGAGGUCGAUCUGAAAGAGGAAAUCACCACCACUGAAGAUAAGCCAAAGUUUGAUAAUCUGAAGCUGCUGGCUGAGCAACAGCAUACAAGAGUGGAUUUUGAGGAUUCCAAUAUCCAACAUAUUGAGGAAGAACUAGGGCAAGAAAUGUUAGUUGAUAAGACUACGUUGAAUGAUAUUGCAAAUGCUUCGAAAUUUACUGCAAGAGAAAGAAAUCUCCUAACAGUGGAAGCUAAGCAUAUUUUGGAUUCAGGUUCAAAGAAAGCAAAGGUUAAUCUGAAACAGAAAAUCAUUGCUGAAGAUGAGCUGAAAUUUGAUGGUCUGAAGCCACUGGCUAACCAACAGCAGCAAUCAGGCGUUAAUGAUUUGGAUUCUAGUAUUCAACAUAUUGAGGCAGAGCUAGGGCCAAAAAUUUCUAUUGCUGCUGAGUAUGCUGUAAGAGAAAGCCAUCACUUAGCAAUAGAAGCUAGGCAUCUUUGUGAUUCACAAGCUCAGAAUGCAGAGCUUAACCUGAAUGAAGUAACCUCUACUGAGGAUAGGCUGAAACUUGAUAGCACGAACCCCCUGGAUCAGCAACAACAGUUAACAGGAACUGUCCCAAUGGGCUUGGGGGAUUGUAAUGUCCAAUGUCAUGAGGCAGAGCUAGGGCCAGAAACUUCGAUUCCUAUUGAAAAGACUCCGUUCAAUGAUAUAAGAAGUGCUUCGGGGUAUUGUUCUGAAUAUGCUACAGGAGAAAGUCAUCUCCAAGAUAUGGAGGCUAAUCAUGUUAUGGAUUCACAUCCUGAAAAACUAAUGGAUGACCUGAAUGAGAAAAUAUCUUCUUCGAAUGAGCUCAAAUUUGAUGGAUGGAAGCCCCUGGUUGAGGAGCAACAACCAUCUGAAAUGCGAAAACAUACCAGGGAAUUACCUAAUGAGAAGAAGGAUGGUGUGAAACAAAAAGAGCAGCCUUCUGUAUGGCAAAAUCUGAAAUCUUUUGCAGAUGGGAUUAUCAGCUUUUGGAGGAAACUGUAAACUUGUGUUCAGAGCUAUCAAGAUUUUGACGUAGAAAUAGAUCUAAUGUACUGGGAUGGAGAAAUUGGGUUCAUUCAAUAUUCACUAGAAUGGCACUGUAAUUUUGCUGAGUUAUCUGGUUCAUGCUAAAUUGCUAAUCUACCAGAAAUUGCAACUUCUGGGAUGCGUUGAAUGCUUCCAUGGAAGGUGAAGAUAUGUAAAUCGUAUUGAUUUAUGAGAUGUAGAUAUGAACGUUUUUCUUAAUUUGUAUUUUAAUACAUGGCUUGUUGGUAAGAAAUGACCAUCGAAAAAUUUUUUCUUUUAAA